AUGGACCAGGUUCAUGAGUAUGAGAACCUGGUGGCAAGUGUGCUGUCUGAAGGCAUGAUGAUGUGUUCAAGAAUAAAGGGAAUUAAAUUGCAAGGGAUAGAGCUCAAAAGAACAAAGUGCACUCAGAGGAAAGAUAGGAAAGAUCAAAGGGCUACUCGACAAGUCAACCUUACAGAGACGGAUGACAUCAUUGACGUUGUGGUUGUGGAAGCAAAUCUAGUAGAGAACAAAUCUGAUUGGAUUCUUGACACAGGAGUAUCCAGACAUUUCUGCUCGAACCGUGACCUCUUCCAUGACUUUCACGACUCUGCCGACGAUGAAUAUGUUUUCAUGGGAAACUCUGCCACAGUUGGAGUACUUGGGAAAGGGAAUGUUCUCUUGAAACUCACAUCUGGUAAAACUUUAUCAUUAAGUAAUGUGCUGUAUGUUCCUUCCCUACAUAGGAAUCUGGUGUCAGGAGGUCUACUGAAUCGAGCCGGACUUAGGAUUGUGUUUGAGGCCGACAAGGUUAUUAUCACCAAAAAUGGUGGCUUUGUAGGUAAGGUCUAUUUAGUAGAUGGUUUGUUUGUUCUCAACACUACUUCUAAUGAAAUUAAUUCUAGUUCUGCUUACAUCGUUGAGUCUCUUGAUGUGUGA